AACCCGGAAGUACGAUGCGGCAGUCUUCAUGGCAGCCGUCGUCAGUGGAACACUUUCCUAAACAAACAUGUGAUCUGUUUUAGUUUCUCAUCUGGAAAAUGGCAGGGGUUUUACUGAAAUGGCUUUGUCUGUUUAACGCCGUGUUCUUCUGCCUCGCUGACGAUGUGAGCUAUGUCAGUGGGUUCUACUCCAACACGCCUCAGAGGUUAUCAAAGUACAGCUGGUUUGGGAAUGCGCGCCUGUUCCGGUUCCAGGUGCCGGAAGGGGCGGACCUUGUGCGCUGGUCACUCACGGUCCUGCGUGGCUCCGGGUUCAGCUGCGGUGACCAGAACAUCGCAGUGCACUUCCGGGCCGGAGCGCCGCCGGUCAUCAAUCCCAUUAACACGACGUUCCCGAACUCCACGGAAUUCUCUCUGGCUUAUAACCUGACUGUGAGCGUGAGAGACGUUCAGGCCAUCAGCGUCACACUGUUUAACCUCACACAGCCUGAAGCUGGAGACUGGUUCAUCGCCGCUCAUCUACCUAAAAAUGAUGGCAAGAUAGAACAGCAGGGGCUGCCAUCCUGUUCGUAUCUGUUGCAGCCGCAGAUGUACGUGAGGAGAGCCGUGGACACGCCAAUCCUGCAAACCAACAUUCCUCUCACACAAACCCUCACGCAGCAACAAGCUCAGUACAGGGUUUUUGUUCCGGAGUUUUCCUCCAAGCUGGAUGUCUUUAUCCAGUCGUGCUCGGUGCAGAGUGUUUCUGGAAGCGAGUGCCCGCUGUCCAUCACGUUAGGCUCCGCCUCUUUGGGCCAGAGCUCAGUGAUCACAGCGAACUGCUCCGGGAUCCAGGUGUGCUCUGCUUCUCUCUCCAAUCCUCCAUGGAACUCCUGGGUGAGGGUUUCAGUGAUCGGCCAGGAGAACGUGACCACCACCUUCACCAUCUCCGCUAACUACACAGCCAGCUGUAAGCCCUCGAGUGUUCCUUCAGAUCUGAACAUCUCCUUUCCCCUCAGCAGCUCCUCUCUCAUAGCAUCUCCUAAAAACUCCUCACUCUACACUAGUGGCUGUGUCCAGACGCCGGCUGUGUUACGGGAGACACUGGACAUCUUCUCAGUCCGCUUUACCCUGGCUAACAGCAGCGUGACUGCGCUGUCCCACAUCCCCACCGUGCUGAUGCUGGAGCUGGACUCUGCAGACAGCGGGGGGGUGCUGGUCCUGCAGCUCCAACUCAACACGACCUCUGUGACUGGUCCACUGGACAGUGUGAGAGUGUGUGUAACACCUUCUGCUCCUGUUCUUCAACUCAACACCAACCAGUCAUGUGACGCAGCUUUCAUGAAAGGAUAUCCACUCCAAGUGAGCAGUAAUGAAACGAAGGCGAUGUUGAGGAUUCCAUUUCCCAAACCUGUGACGUGGUACCUCAGUCUACAAAGCAUCUGUAACAACAGUGCCGUGUGCAGUAACCUCUCAGCCGUGGUGGGCGUGUCGGCGAGUGUGAGCGCGUGUGUGGACGACUGCGGUCCGUACGGAGACUGCAGGCUGCUGCGCACACACAGCUACAUGUACGCUGCCUGUGUGUGUAAAACAGGUUGGUUGGGAUGGAGCUGCUCAGAUGGGUCGAGCGCUCUGUCGUUCUCUCGGCAGUUAGCCGCGGUGCUUCUGCUCACGCUCAGUAACCUGCUCUUUAUCCCUCCCAUUGUGGUGGCGCUGUACCGAGGCUACCACACUGAGGCCACUGUGUACCUCUUCACCAUGUUCUUCUCCACGUUUUAUCAUGCGUGUGAUCAGCCCGGAGUGACGGUGCUCUGCAUCAUGGACUACGACACGCUGCAGUUCUGUGACUUCCUGGGCUCAGUGGUGUCUGUCUGGGUCACUAUCGUCUGCAUGGCUCGUCUGAAGGACACACUGAAAUACGUCUUCUUCUUGGGUGGGACGCUCCUUAUCGCCAUGGCGAUGCAGCUGGACCGCAGAGGUCUGUGGAACCUUCUAGGCCCUGUGCUGUUUGCAUUAGCCACCAUGCUAACCGCCUGGAUUUAUCGUGGUGUGAAGCGUCGCCACUGUUACCCGCCCACCUGGAAGCGCUGGGUGUUCUUCCUGAUCCCUGGCAUCCUGUCGGCGGUCAUAGGGCUGUGUGUGUACGCCUUCGCUCAGACUGACAGCAACUACUACUACACACACUCCAUCUGGCACAUCGUGGUGGCCACCAGCGUGGUGUUCCUCCUGCCCCCGCGAGAGAAGAACAUGCCGCCCUGGGGCUGGUCACACAAACUCUGUGGAUAUAAGAUCUGUCUGAACCAGAAGGAAGAUCUGCACAUUGUUUCCUAACUGCACACACACACACACACACACGAGCUCUGAUCAGAAAGGGGCGGUC